CGGAGUGGGAGGACUGUCUCGAGGACGGACUGACCGGCUGCUGGCGCGAGGGAACGGGAGCGCGCGGCGAGCAGCAGCGAAUCGGACAGUGUGUGUGUGUGUGUGUGUGUGCGUGUGUGUGUGCGCGCGCGCGAUUGUGUGCAGCUCGUGCGCGUGUCUGCACGAGACGUUAAGAUCUACAGGACCAGGCUUUUCCGUCGCAGCAGCGGCUGGUGCGCAAAUUACCGAGGACAUCUCGCCCGCCUGUGUGCGUGUGUAUAUAUACGUGUGUGUGUGUGUGUGUUAGACUGCACAGGACCUUUAACGGAUUAUGGGGAGGAAUUGAGCGCGUAUCACAGGUUAUUACCACUAUCAACGUCGUUCGCUAUCCACCAACCUGCAGGUUGCCAUAACGACGCCCACUUGCCCAAGGCACCAAUGGUCUAUCAGUUGAUUUCCGGGAACCGCUGGAAUUAUCACCUGUGUGUGUGUGUGAAAUGUGCAUGAACAGCGGCAACCUAGAAGUGUGACGCCCCUGAGUGGCGCACACACACACACAGGCAUGUGCAGGUUCUUAACAAGGACCAAGACACAUACUCAUGUCUGCUGCUUGAAACCUUCUGCCUUAUUACGUCUUUGUUACAAUUGCAAAAUGGCUUCUUAUCCUCACACUCAAGCACAUACACUUGCAAUACACACGGUUAGCACAAGAUACGGUGGCUGGAGAGUGGUGUUGUUGACACCCUCUAGCUUGUCCAUGCCGAGAGGCAGAAAGACAGGCGAAUAGAGAUUUUUUUGGCUUCUGUCAGUCUUCUUGUGGAAAGGUGUAUUUUUUUUUCCCCCAAAAUGCUCGUCUCGUUCUAAUCCCCUGCACUGUAGAGGUGAAGAAGGAGCUUAUUAUUUCUAAUAAAAUGUCCAUCAGGUCACCUGUCUACCAGGACCUUUGAGAACCAAAAUCGAAAGGAAGGAAGAAGAACGUCCUUGCUGUCAUGGCGGAGAAAUUACAUUCUUGGUAACGAGCAAGUGCAAAUAGAGAAAAAAGAACAUUCAUUCAAAAUGGCUGCCGUACAUCUCCCACUCUUCCUGGUCCUGAUGUCCAUCCCAGUAAUCCUGUCCUCGCUCCAGUCGAACGAACGGCGAGUGGUGGCCUAUGUCCCUGGGGACUUGAUCAUUGGUGCUCUGUUCUCGGUCCACCACCAGCCGGCGGCGGACCGCGCCCACGAGCGCAAGUGUGGGGCUGUGCGUGAGCAGUAUGGCAUCCAGCGUGUCGAGGCCAUGAUGCUUACGCUCGACCGCAUCAACGCCGACCCAGACAUUCUGCCCAACGUCACGAUUGGCUGUGAGAUCCGGGACUCCUGCUGGCACUCUGCAGUUGCGCUUGAGCAAAGCAUCGAAUUCAUACGUGACUCGCUCAUCGCCGCCGAGAGCCCCACGUCCUCUCCGCUAGCCCCUUUUUCCGAAGAUGCCCCAGUGGGGGGCGGAGUGAAGUGUACCGAAGGCCUGCCCCCCAAAGGUAAGAAGCCUAUCGUGGGCUUGAUUGGACCUGGCUCCAGUUCAGUGGCUAUUCAGGUACAAAACCUGCUGCAGCUCUUCAACAUCCCUCAGAUCGCCUACUCGGCCACCAGCAUGGACCUGAGCGACAAAUCGCUGUUUAAGUACUUCAUGAGGGUUGUUCCGUCCGACGCGCAGCAAGCCAGAGCCAUGGUGGAUAUUGUCAAACGCUACAACUGGAGUUACGUCUCCACCAUUCAUACAGAGGGUAACUAUGGUGAAAGUGGAAUGGCGGCGUUUAAGGAGAUGGCUCUGAAGGAAGGGAUCUGCAUCGCACACACUGAUAAGAUCUGGAGUAACGCAGGCGAGCAGAGUUUUGACCGUCUGCUGGCGAAGCUGCGCAGUCGUCUGCCCAAGGCACGUGUGGUGGUGUGUUUCUGCGAGGGCAUGACGGUCCGCGGCAUCCUCAUGGCCAUGAGACGCCUGAACCUCACUGGGGAGUUAAUGCUUGUGGGCAGCGAUGGAUGGGCAGACCGUUAUGACGUGACGGAUGGGUAUGUGCGUGAGGCAGCGGGUGGGCUCACCAUAAAACUGCGAUCGGCCGAAGUGAAGUGGUUUGACGAUUACUACUUAAAGUUACGUCCCGAAAACAACCUACGCAACCCAUGGUUCCCGGAGUUCUGGCAGCAUCGCUUCCAAUGCAGGCUGAAGGGACAUCCUCAGGAGAACCCGGAAUACAAUCGGACCUGUAGCAGCCGGGAUUCACUGCGGCAGCAGUACGCCCAAGACACUAAGAUGGGUUUUGUAAUAAAUGCGAUCUACAGCAUGGCAUAUGGGCUUCAUAAGAUGCAGAAAGCUCUCUGUCCUGGUAUGGCAGGACUCUGUGAUGCCAUGCAGCCAAUUGAUGGUUCCAAACUGCUUGAGUUUCUUAUGAAGACCAACUUCACAGGCGUCAGUGGAGAGCACAUUUACUUUGAUGAGAACGGAGAUUCGCUGGGAAGCUAUGUGAUCAUGAACUUUAAGAAGAAGGGAAAAGACCACUACGUUUACACUAAUGUGGGCAGCUGGGACAACAGCGGCUUGCAGAUAGACGAUGACGAAAUCUGGCCGAACAAAGACUCCAUCAUUAAGUCGGUCUGCAGCGAGCCAUGCGAUAAGGGACAGAUCAAGGUUAUCCGUAAGGGCGAGGUGAGCUGCUGUUGGACGUGCACCCCCUGCAAGGAAAACGAGAUUGUGUUUGAUGAGUACACAUGCCGAGCCUGCGAACUCGGAUCAUGGCCUACUGAUGACCUCACAGGUUGUGACCCAAUUCCGGUUGAGUACCUGCACUGGGGUGACCCGGAGCCGAUCGCCGCAGUGGUUUUCUCCUGCCUCGGCCUCCUGGUGACAUUCUUCGUGGCAGCCGUGUUUGUAGUGUUCCGCGACACGCCCGUGGUGAAGUCAUCCAGCCGUGAGCUCUGCUACGUCAUCCUGUUCGGGAUCGCCCUGGGCUACGUCUGCACCUUCUGUCUGAUUACGAAACCACGUGUAAUUUCCUGCCUCCUGCAGCGCCUUGGUGUGGGCCUGGCCCCUGCCCUGAGCUACUCGGCUCUGGUCACCAAGACCAACCGCAUCGCACGCAUCCUGGCAGGCAGCAAGAAGAAAAUCUGCACCAAGAAGCCACGUUUCGUUAGCUCAUGCGCACAGCUCGCCAUUUCCUCCCUGCUGGUCAUGGUGCAGCUCGGCAUUAUCGUCGCGCUGCUCAUCCUCGAGCCGCCGGACCUCGUCUUCCACCAUCCGUCUAUCCGAGAGGUCCGACUUAUCUGCAACACCAGCACCCUGGGCGUGGUUGCGCCGCUCGGCUACAAUGGGGUACUGAUCCUCAGCUGCACCUUCUACGCUUUUAAGACGCGCAACGUGCCGGCGAACUUUAACGAAGCCAAACACGUGGCGUUCACGAUGUACACCACGUGUGUCAUCUGGCUGGUUGUGCCCAUCUACUUCGGCUCGGACUACAAGAUCGUGACAACGUGUUUCUCUGUGAGCCUCAGUGGAACUGUUGCACUCGGAUGCAUGUUCGCACCCAAAGUCUACGUCAUCCUGGCCAAGCCAGAGCGCAAUGUGCGGAGCGCCUUCACCACCUCUACAGCCGUCCGCAUGCAUGUGGGCCGGGGCAAAAAGACACCACCGCCCACCAGCAGCCUUGCCAACUUGUGGAGGAGACGCCCCUCAUCCCGGGACACGCUCAGCUCAAACGGUAAAUCAGUGACGUGGGCUCAGACGGAGCGCAACUCCAAAGGUGGCCACUUGUGGCAGCGUCUCUCCUUCCACAUCAAAAAGCGCGAGAACAACCAGACGGCUGUCAUCAAGCCGUUCUCCAAGGCGUCGGAGGACGUCACGCCCGACAGCGCCACCGAUAAAAUGCUAUACGAGGUCACAGAGAGCGAGGAGCGAUACCCUGUCCUGUAUCGGCCCCAGACGCCUUCACCGAUCAGCACCGUGAGUCAGAGGCCGGGAGAAAUCCUGGGCCGGAGUCAAGCCCCUGAUGAUGAACAGAUCAUUAGUGUUUCCUCGUACGUCAGCCAGUCGUCCCGUAAAGACAGCGGAUCAGGUGCUGCAGGGAUAGGACCUGUUGGGGGCGGAGUUGCCAGCGGAGCCGUGGCGGUUGUGGGCGGAGUCUCAAGCUCAUCCCAGGGCUCGCUAAUGGAGCAAAUCAGCUGCGUAGUGAAUCGUUUCACAGCUAACAUUAGCGAACUGAACAGCAUGAUGCUCUUGAGUUCACCACAGCGGCCUCCCAAAGUCCCGCCCCCUUACUUCCUGUCCCGAGACAUGUCCAUGCCUGCCACUAUGACGACCUAUGCUGAAAUUCAACCCCUUCCACCCGUGGAGUCAAACGGUGGCCGUCCAUCCACAUCCUGCGCCCUCGGAGGUCCUCCGGACGUUAAAGAGAAGAUUUUGGAAACGGUGGUCCACGAGGCCCAGGCUCCAAAAAGUGAAAUGGAGGAGAUUCUCACGCUAACGCCGCCCUCGCCGUUUAGAGAUUCUGUUGCAUCAGGAAGCAUUUCGAAUUCUCCUGCCUCGGAAUCGUCAACCAAAUACGAGUGUUUGGUACUGAGGCACUACAGCCAGAGCUCCUCGUCCUUAUAAUGACUUUGGUCAUGAGGGAAAAAAAGGCUCAAGAUAUAAGAUAACGGUUUUCCGGUGUGCGUGUUUACAUGUUGUCGCUGUUGAAUUUGACAAACAAUAAAAUGUCCUUAGAGGACUGUUGAGAAUUCAGGAAAUGUCAAGAGGUGGAUGGGAAAACAGAAAGGAUUUUAAAACCCUGGAGUUGAGAACAGGAGGAUGAAAUAUGCGGAGGAGAACCGACGAUGGUGAAGCUGAAAUCAUUGAAUAAUGGUGUCCCAGAGGAUAUAAUCGAAUCACACAUGUGCAGACCAACAGCAAGUGCUCUAGGACUUUAGUCUCAGGAAAGAGUUAUUGCAUGAUAUCGAAAUGAUGAAUAGAGCGAUGAGAUGAUACUAGGUGUAUCUUUUGUAAACGGUUCCGCCAUUGACAAUGACGGACGACUAUUACAAAAUCUAGACAAAAAACCUGAACAACAUAGAAAAAGGACAACGUUGUACAGAUAUGUAGGAUGCAAAUGACUGAAACUCGUAUCUCCUGAAGAGAAAUAUAUGCAGUGCUGCAAGGAGCUAGAAGUGACAGAGGGACUAAAGUGAUAAAGAAGGGAAGCAGGAAGAUAUAUCUAGGUUUGAAAAAGACAAAGAAAGGACAAUACGCAAUUUUCGAAACCGUACAGGGAAAAACGGUAGCUAGAGUAGCAAUGUGGAUUAAGGGAAACAUGUAAGAAAGGUGAAGUAUACGACCUUGUUCCUCAAAAGAAAAUUAAAUGUAUAAAGGUAAAUUGGAUUUGCUUAUGGUCCAAUCACGUAGCUCCGAUAUUUUACCUCAUCCCCAUUGCACAGGUCAUGGUCGUAUUUAACAGAAACGUUUUACACAAGGUUCGCCUUCUGGAAAACGUUGAUAUGAGAUACUUUAGACCAAUGAAUCGGUGAAUUUAUCAGUAUAGCUAAUAUUGUCCCAAUGAAUCAGGUAAACUAAUUAAUUUAUUUGCAAUCAUCGCAAUGAAUCCAGUGUAUAUAUCGUUUUAAUUGAGAUUGUCCCAAUAAAUCGGGUGAGCCACAAAUAAUUUCCCUAUUAGGACCUUUCCUUUUGAGAACUCUGGGAUGGAUAAAAACGUUUUGUACCAAAGCGAAAAUUUACAAGACGUUCUUGCUAUAUAUUUUAGCCAGUAGAGGAUGCUGAAUGCAGCUAGCCAAGAGUGUAAAAAUGCUCCCCUGAGACAUAACAAAGGUAUGUAUUGCUGAGAACUAGACAAGACAAUAAUACAAUUAAAAAAACAAGUGCUUGAACAAGAUGGAGAACAGAAAUAUCAAGGUUGAAAGAAUAGAUUCCUAAAUGCGAUACAACAGUUUCAAUUGCGGUAUUACGGGGACUGAAAAGAGGACGAGUGUCACAGACAUACAGUAUUUAGUGUGCGUGUUUACAUGUCACAGUUACAUUUUUGCCAAAUGUAGAGGCUACAGAAGCUUCAAAGACGUUCAAUGGACGUGAUUAAUAUUUUUUUAUGUUUGGUCGUUAUGUUUGGUAGUUGCCUUAAAUAUAAAUGGCUGUCAUCUAAUUAGAGAGAUUUUUUUUUAUCAAGUGUUUACCCUGUGUGUGGGAUUAUGGGGACCAGAACACUCACAGGGAUAUGAGGACCAUCCCUCUAAAUCUGGAACCAGGCAAAGAGAUUAGCAAGGGCUGAGAAACAUUUAAACCAGUGUUGUUUGGUAACACAUAUAUAUACACACACCCACACACACAAACACAAUUACACACACAAAUGGACAAGUUAAAACUGAGGACUUGCUUUAGAUGCACUUGGCCCCAGGACCUGCACAAAGUGCUUUGUUUUCUGUCCUGCAAAAUCCUGUAAAUAUAUACAUACAUGACAAUUUGGUUUUUCUUUGGUUCUCAUUUUCUACUUUCCUUUUCUUUCCCUUCUCAACUUUCUCUUUCCUUAUUUUGCCUUUCCGGCCCAUUUAUCUUCCUGUGCGUUCCAAACACCCAGGAUGAUCAAUUCAGAAUUAUGAAUGUACAUUCUUUUUUGUGAACCUUGAAUAGCAUGGGACCAAAUUUCUCAUACCUCUGUGACUCCUCUCAACCUUAGAGGUGUAUUUUUUUUUUGCCAGACUGAACACAAUACUAGUGGAUCAAAUACUAGUGAAUCUAACUGUGUCUUUUACUUGAGUGACAAGAUCGUGAUUGUUAAACUAUUAAUUUCAGAUUGCCACAAAAGAUCAGAGUAACUACUGUCAUACACUGAAUUUAUUUGCUAUAUGUUUAGCCAUUGAUGAAUCAACGGAGUAAAAAAAUUAAUUCAAAUAUAUUCAAAUGGUAAUACUCAAUUUAACACACAGUGAUGCCAUUUGCAUUUGCAGUUUCAUUCGUAAAGGGCUUUAGCUUAUGUCAAUUUUUCAUCCCCCACAAAUACAUGCUGAAAAUUGCAAAAAUUUCACCUCAUAUUCAUAAUUUAUAUAGAAAUAUAUCUCUAUAGAAAGACGAUCUUUUCAAAAGAUGUUUGUCUGCCUCAUAAAAACCUCAAGAAAAGUCUUCAUCGAAAACUGAACAUAACAAUCAAACAUGCAAAAACUUACAAGAUGUCACUUCUUUUAAACCACAACACACAACCACAUGUACCGACAACCAAUAUGACGCUAUUGAGAUAGAUAGUUAUAUUAUGAAUAGAAAAUGACUAGUUUGUAGUGCCAAAGGAGCUUAUUUAAUAACAUAAUGACGUCAAAUGUUUCUAUGUCGAAAGCACUUGCUUUUUAUAAAAAAAAGAAAAAGAAAGAAAAAUUUUAAAUAUAAAUAUUCCAGAUGUAAAGCAAUACUACAGUGAACACAUACAGUACAGAGCAAUGCACUGAAUUUAAUUCCUUGAUUCCUAUAUUUAUUUUAGCUGAAUAAAUCUGAAUGAAUCACACCUUAAGAUCUGGUAGGAUCAAAUUCUAUAAAAUGUAAUAUACCUGAUCUGAAGUCUUUUACUGCAAACAUGUAUUUUUUUUUCCCGCAUCGAACGGAACGAUUAGCUGACGAAAUAUUUUAUCAGGAAAGAAGGUAAAUAUAAAAAUUUAAGAUUUUGUAUGUUCAAAUUAUUUGGAGCGCUUAUUAAAGUUUAGAGUUUAUACAUUUUUCAUUAAAGAGCUGUUUAACAGAUUGGUUGAGUAUAAAUAUAUACAUAUAUUAAUUAAUAAAGAUGUAAUUAACAUUAUUUACAAUGAAAUAACAGGGAAAUACAAUCGCCCAAAAUGUGUUUAAAAAAGAAAUAUUUAUAAAAUAUAUUAAUUAAUUAAUUAAUUAAUUAAUUAAUUAAUUAAUUAAUUAAACCUUGAUAAUUACAAUAUUAUACUUUUUGCUUAUAAAUUAAAAAAACUAAAUAAAUAUUUUUUAUUAAAAUAUUAAAUUGAUUGAAUUUCAGGGUUGUCUCUUUAUUUCCAAUCCAUUAGUCUGGUGGCUUUAAUGCUCUGUGCUAAUAAAUAUAUAUUUAUCAAACAUAAUUUAGAUAAAAGUUUAUUUGGUAUUGUGUCAUUGGUUAUGUUCGGGUUAAAAAAAAUUUGUUUUAAAAAGUUUUUAAAAAGUUGGAACAUUUGUUUUUUAGCAGCAACUUGUUGUGUGUAGGUUGCCUUCAUUCGGUUUUUUUUUUCGUUUUUUUUUUGGUCAGAAUUGAAAAACACAACGUGUCCACCAAACAUAGUCCAGUCAUUUAAAUCUCAUAAUACCAAAUAUGAUCACUGGCCUAAAGUGUAUAAUAUUUCCAAUCUAACAUCGAACCUUACAUUCGACUUAGAUGUCAAUCAAAAAUAAUUUUACUGGUGGUCUUUUCUUAUGUAGAAAUGUCCAUUUUGGAGCCAUUUGCACAAAUGAUAAAUAAAAUGAUACAAACUAAAGGAGAAUAUCCAAAAUCACAGACAAUCCAGUGUCCAAAGAUUAAAAACCCAGCCCCUCAUAUACUAAAGGGUCCAUGUUAGAGGUCGACCGAUUGUGGAUUUUCAUUGAUACCGAAAGCUAGUUUGGAUCGUACUUGUCGAUAACCAAUUAAUCAACCGAUUCGUUUUUUAAAUGGAUACUGGAUAAAAAAACAAACAUAACACUCCAUGUAAAAUUGUACUAAACUUUAUUACAAAAAUAAAAAACAGCACUGAAUCAUAAAAAUGUGCUAAAGGUAAAUAAAUAUGAAUAUAUAAAUUAAUACAUAGAAUUAUAUAAUUAUUAAAUUAUGAAUGAUAAAUAAUUUAUCGCUCUUCGUGCAGCGUGCAGUCUCAGGUGUAUAAACAACCAGCGCUAGUGAUUCACCUCUAGUGGCCGCUUUUGUAAUGACAGCCAGUACCGAUUAAUCUGCCGACCUCUAGUCCAUGUACAUUGUGUUCUUUCAGGUUUAUUUUUUGUUUCGAAAAUAAAAACCAAAAACAAAAUAAUUAUGUUUUAAAGCUAUUUUUGUUAAAAAUGUUUUAUUAUUUUUGUGACUUUGAGCUAUUUAGGUUUGUGUGACUUGAAUAAGCUGAAUAAAAAAAACGGAUCAAUCAUGAGCGUUUAAUCUAUCAGCGACUUUAUCCGACAUUCUGGAACUGGACAGGAAAUAGGAGUCCAAUACAUGUCCUCUUUUUACUAUAUUAUGCUGAGCACACAAUUAUCAUACAUGCCCCACCUCCAUGCCCCGCCCUACACCCUGUUCUAUUGGAUUGUCUACCGUCUCUGAAUGCAUUGCUACAUAAAUAUGUAUCAUAUUUAUUUAUAUUUAUCAUUUGAACAAAUUGGUCCAGAGUGGACAUUUCUUCCUCAAAUGAAAUAAUUGGAUUGGAUGUUAAAUUGGAAAUAUUGUGCACUUUAGGCCAUUGAUCAUCUUUGGUACUUUGAGAUUUUCAUUAUUACACUCUGUAUUUUAAACAAGUUUAACCAAAACGAUCUAAAAAAAUAGUACAAAUUUCGAAAAGUAACUAUAAUUAAAAUUUUGCGAACUGCGAACCAAAAAAUUAAUGAACGCAACACACACUGACCCCUAAAUUGUGUUCAUUGCGUAAGGAAUAUCGCUGGAGAAAAUAUAUUUGUAAAUUAUAUUUUUUAACUAAAACCCCAAAAUCAAUUAGAUGUUAACAUUUUCGAACCCUUGCCAAUAACACACACUUUUCAACUUGUGCCAGUUCAAACUGUGUAAUUGACGCUGUAAGUUCUUAUUGAAUUAUUAUUAUUAAUAAUAAUAAUAAUAAUUUUUUGUUAUUUAUAUAUUGGCUUUCUGGAUGUAAAGAUGUGUAGAAUGUAAUAUGAUAUCGUUAUUGUGAUUUAUUUUUAUUUAUUUUUUUGUUCAGAACAUAGUUUAUUGUUGUGGGAAAUUAUGAUGCUUAUGGCUAGUUAGAGUCAAUUCUUUUAUCUUAUUUUAUGGACAUUUCGAGAAUCUCGGUGUUGCUGUGUGGGAAGAUUCCAUACCUUUUUGAAUUGUUAUUAAAAAUCUGGAAU